UCGCUCCUUGGACUUGUCAUGGCUACUAGAGCGAUCGCUAGACUGAUCCCAGGUCGUACCGUCUUCUUCGCCUGCGACAUCCAAACAAAGUUCAAACCCGUCAUAUUCGGCUACGAUCAUGUCGUGGCGACCGCGCGCAAGAUGUUUAGAGUCGCAAAGCUCCUCGAAGUUCCCGUUCUCAUAACAGAACAGAACCCGCGCGCCUUAGGGCCGACCGCGCCAGAACUCGACCCCAGACCCCUCGGCAGCCUCUUCCUCGGCGCGCACCCCAAGUCUGCCUUCUCCAUGGCGAUCCCCCCCGUGCUAUCGCUGCUCCAGCAGCACGACCUCCAGUCGGUCGUCCUCUUCGGCAUCGAGUCACACGUCUGCGUGCUGCAGACAGCACUGGACCUCCUCGAGCGCGGCUACGACGUACACGUGCUUGCGGUCGGCGUCUCCAGCUGCAACAAGGACGAGGUCGGUAUCGCCCUCGCGCGCAUGCGCCAGGCGGGGGCGCAGAUCACGACGAGCGAGAGCGCGGCGUUCGAACUGCAAGCUACUGCGGACAAGCCCAACUUCAAGCAGUUCUCACAGAUCAUUAAGGACGAGCGGGAGAACACGCAGGUGGCACUGGAGACGCUCCUCGGUGGUCGAACCCGACCACUUUUGUGACCUGCGACUGACCUAUCAAACAAGAAUGUAAUUCUUCAGGCGAAAUAUAGAGGUAGCGAUAUGCACUAGGGGACAGAAGCUCCCCGUAGAAGACACGAACGACAGAAAGCGUAUUUUGGUUUCCCCACACACGCGCUUCCC